AGUGAAAGUAUAGUCAGGUGUCAACAGUGAUACUAAUAGUAAAAACAUUGAUGAAAUUAUAUCAUCGGCAUAAUUAUUGCUUUAAGUAGUUUCUUUAAACCCAUAUAGUUAUCAGCUACCGUUUGAUAAAUAUAAGCCUACAAUGGAGCCAAAACCGUUGUUUAUGGGUCCAACGGUAUACCGCGAGAGAGGAGCGCAUUUGCGGCGUCUUGAGCAGUUCGACAAGGCAAAAGAUGCUUACGAUGAAGCAUACAAGAUUACACAGAGUGACGUGCGGAUGUUAACGGGGCGUAGCCAGGUAUGCAGCGCCGCUAUGCAGCCGAACCAGGCCUACGCUGACGCCGAGAUGGCUUUGAAACUCGAACCAAACAAUAUGAUCGCCCGAAACAUGCAGUCGCAGGCCUUGUACACCAUCUCAGAUUUCGAGCGAUCGAUAGUUAUGAACUACCGCGGUUUUCGAGUUCGUAAGCAGCCAGGAUAUUUUAAGGAGGGCAUUGAUCAGGGCAUCGAAACCCUCCAAGACUGCAUUGGAGUGAAUGCGGGCUCUGUUAUGACAGAUUUUCUUCCAUUGAUUUAUCAAAAUUUACGAGAUGCCGAUGAUGAAUACGAGCCUAGUAAAGUUAUGCGCGUUUCUCGUAUUCCACAAACAAUAGAGAAAAAAAAAAUGACGCAAUUAGAAGCACGUAAGCAGGCUAUACUCGCAAAAGUGUUAGCUAUGAAAUAUUUAGGCUCAAUGGCUAGCGACAAAUUUUUCUUAAUGAACCUAGUAGAGGAUGACCGCUUAAUGUCUGCCAACAAGAAGGGUAGCUGUGACUUAAAGUAUUAUGUUCAGGAAGCUCUUCGAGCGCUUUCCGAACGUCAAAGGAUGCUUCGUGCCCAAAAACCUUAUUAUGCCGUCAAAUUAGCGGAAAAGACGCAUUCACAUUACCAGAGGACAUUUAAAGAACAAUUAUUGAUCAAAGAACGGGAAGUUGGUGCGCAUACUGCAGAACAUUAUUUGAGAGAUAUAGCCAAGAGCUUGCGUGAGCUUCGUAUAAAGGAUUUGAUUAAUACAGCGGAAAGAAUGCAGUUAUUCCUUGAUACCAAAACUUUAUACACUUUGCCGGAUAAACAAAUUUACACUGACCGAUUGUACAGGAUGGUCGGAGAAGGUUAUCUAUCCCAGCACAGGAUAUCUUACAAACUGAGUGAGCGUGGUAACAGGAAUCGAAUUGCUUUCCUUAUGGGACUUCCUUGUGGACGAUCUACUUCUUUCGAUUCAGUUAGAGCCAAUUACCCAACCAAGUUCACUGAUGUCGAAAAAGCCACGGCAAAAACUUUUGAAGUACUUGAAAUGUGUGAGAAUUCCACUAUGAGAUGUUGGCUGAUGUACGAAAUGGCUCGUUUACUUUGUCUUCAAAAGAACUAUGCUCUUUCUAAGUUUUAUGCAAAGCGAUGUCAACGGCAAGCCCAAGAGUUGGGUAAUGUGACUUGGUGGUUGAAUGGAUGUUACAUCUUAAUGAGUGGAGAUAUGCAACAAGGUAAUGCGAAUGAAGUCCGCAUUCAAGUAGAGGAAGCAUGGGAAUGGUCAAAAGAAACUAAAGAUGAAGUAGGAAUCCAAUCGUUCCUUUCUAAGUGUGCCGCGAUGGCCGGCGAGACAAUGUCCGUUGAUGAGCGUAAAGCCAUAGACCAGCGCGAGCGGGAUAUACUAAAAAUUAUGGACGACAAGAGUCGUGUAGACACCCACGUCCUGUUUAAGCGCAUGUCGACCGUGCCCGCUGGUAGACGCUUCUCCGUGCUUCCACGUAAGCCGGAACCGGGUGCGAUGUCGUCGGCACGGCGGAAAUACCGCCAGCGCGGUCUUUCUGUCGUCCAGGGCCCAGAACUAGAAAUUAUGAAAACGCCCCAAUCUGGAGUUACUGGUUUACAGAUUUUUAAUGUUUAAUUUUGGGUAUUUAGAAAGUAAAGUAUUUUUAGAUAAUAAUUACGUAGAUUUAGUACGUCGUAAGACUUUCACAAAUAAUUUUAACACAUUCAAUUGUUACGAGGGAUGUUUAAAUAAAAAAGAGCUACCCUUAUUAAAACAAAUUUUAUUAGGCGCGGUUCGUAAACGGCCAACGGUUUUAAAUAAUACAAUUUGCCUUCCUAUGUCCAGUGCGUCCGGAAAAAUCCUCCUGGUGUUUCCGCCGAUGUGAUGUCCGAGACUGGACAGGAGCCAAAUAUACG